AUGUUUACACCAUCUGGACACCACCUCUGGACACCACCUGGUGGCAGAUGGUAUCGCCUGAAAGAAGAUGGUACUACCAGAUCGUCUCCUGGAUUCUCGAUAAUCUUAUCGUUACACCGUUUGUUUGCAAUUCAAGGACUUGAUGCUAGUACUUGA